CUGCCCUGAUGGGCAUAGUGCAACUUUGGAGGAUUUUCUUGGGAUUUCUCCUUUUCCCUGUUGCAGCAGGAAUGGAAGAGAACACUCUAGGACACCGAAAUGAGGCUUACCAGAUUGUCACUUUCAAAUGGCAUCAUGUCCAGGAUCCUUAUAUCAUUGCUCUCUGGAUUCUUGUGGCCAGUCUGGCAAAAAUUUUUUUCCACCUGUCUCAUAAAGUUACCACUGUGGUUCCAGAAAGUGUUCUGCUCAUUGUCCUUGGCAUCUUCCUGGGUGGCAUUGUGUAUGCAGCUGACCAUAUUGCCUCCUUCACCCUUACACCAACUAUCUUUUUCUUCUACCUGUUGCCACCCAUUGUCUUAGAUGCAGGAUACUUCAUGCCAAAUCGACUAUUCUUUGGCAACUUAGGGACAAUUCUUCUAUAUGCUGUCAUUGGGACCAUCUGGAAUGCUGCUACAACAGGCUUCUCCCUUUAUGGAGUCUAUCUUAGUGGAUUAAUGGGUGAACUUCAUAGUGGAUUGCUUGAUUUUCUCCUGUUUGGCAGUUUAAUAGCUGCAGUGGAUCCUGUUGCUGUGCUGGCUGUAUUUGAAGAAGUUCAUGUCAAUGAUGUUCUCUUCAUAAUUGUUUUUGGAGAAUCACUGCUCAAUGAUGCUGUAACUGUGGUGCUAUAUAAUGUGUUUGAGUCUUUCGUUUCCAUAGGAACUGAAAAUGUGACUGGUGUGGACUGCAUAAAAGGCAUAGUAUCUUUCCUUGUGGUGAGCCUUGGAGGUACCUUUAUUGGCAUCAUGUUUGCAUUUCUGCUCUCGCUUGUCACUCGCUUCACAAAGCAUGUCAGAAUCAUUGAGCCUGGAUUUGUAUUUGUCAUUUCUUACCUAUCUUACUUGACAGCUGAGAUGCUCUCACUAUCUGCCAUCCUUGCGAUAACAUUCUGUGGUAUCUGCUGUCAGAAAUAUGUCAAAGCAAAUAUUUCAGACCAGUCUUCUACCACUGUGAGAUACUCUAUGAAAAUGUUAGCAAGUGGUGCAGAAACUAUUAUUUUUAUGUUCCUGGGAAUUUCUGCUGUUAAUCCUAAAAUCUGGACUUGGAACACUGCUUUCAUACUCCUGACACUGGUUUUCAUCUCUAUCUACAGAAUCAUUGGUGUAAUUCUACAGACUUGGAUUCUAAAUCACUACCGAAUGGUCCAGCUGGGAAUAAUAGACCAAGUAGUAAUGUCAUAUGGUGGCCUCCGUGGUGCUGUUGCCUUUGCUUUAGUCGUACUUCUGGAUGAAAACAAAAUCCAAGACAAAAACCUGUUUGUCAGCACAACUAUCAUAGUUGUAUUUUUCACUGUAAUAUUCCAGGGUUUAACAAUCAAGCCUUUAGUGCAGUGGCUGAAAGUGAAAAAAAGUGAACACAGAGAACCCAAACUGAACGAGAAGCUCCAUGGCAGGGCCUUUGAUCAUGUACUUUCAGCUAUUGAAGAUAUAUCUGGUCAGAUAGGACACAAUUAUAUGAGAGACAAAUGGUCCAAUUUUGACAGACAGAUCCUCAGCAAAGUGCUUAUGAGAAGAUCUGCUCAGAAAACUAGAGAUCAGAUUCUUAAAGUUUUCCGUGAGCUCAACAUGAAGGAUGCUAUUAGUUAUGUGGCUGAGGGAGAGCGAAGAGGUUCAUUGGCAUUCAUUCGUUCUCCAAGUAUUGAACACACAGCCAGUGUGGACUUCAGCAUUAUCAACCAAAUGAACAGAGAGACUUCUGUCACCCAACUGCUGAAAGAAACUGCCAGUUCUGUCUGCCUUGAUAUGCAAGCACUGGAACAGAGAAGGAAAAGUAUUCGAGAUUCAGAGGAUAUGUUUACCCAUCAUACUUUACAGCAGUAUUUGUAUAAGCCCAGGCAAGAGCAAAAACUUCUAUACAGUCGUCAUGAAAUAACUCUGAAUGAAGAUGAGAAGCAAAACAAAGAAAUUUUCCACAGAACUAUGAGGAAGAGGCUGGAGUCUUUCAAGAGCACGAAACUAGGUUUGAAUCACCCUAAGAAACUAAACAAAAUUCACAAGAGAGACCGUGGCCAAAAACGGAAAAAUAGUAAUGUCAUACCAAAUGGAAAUCUAUCUACAGGUACUAUAAAAGGAAAAGAAAUUGAGUUUUCUGAACCAGAGGAGAACGAUUAUGGCCAUCCACAGAUAGGUGGAGCAGUAGACUUCCUUAAUUAUGUCAACGAAGAUAAUUUCACAGAUACAAAUGGCAUCGAUAAUCCAGUAUUUUCAGCUGAUAUUGAGCAAACUGCCAUCAUGAAGUUUCCACCUUGGCUAUCCAGUGAUGAGAUGGUGGUACCUUCCCAAAGAGCCAGAGUGCAAAUACCUUAUUCUCCAAACAACUUUGAAAGACUUGCUCCCAUUCGACUCAGCAACAGAUCCACAGAUUCUUCUUUGCAACUAGGUGGUGCUGAAGAGCAACCUAGAACUUUUCUCCCAGAAUCAACUCACUUGUAAUUUAAAUAUACCUAAGGUCCUUACUUUUCAGUCACUCAGACCUUCUGCGAUUUUUGAUCAACUUGCAAAUAGCCAUUUUCUCUUGCUUGGAGUUUCUUUGGUGUCAUUUUUCUCUCUUAUUUUCUUCAUGGCAGGAAACUUCUACUUUAAAACAAGUUAAAUACAUUCUAGGAUUCUAAAGUAGGGCUUGGUAGUCUUUGGAUUAUGAACACUGUGCUAGGCGCUUGAGAGCCACAAAGUAAAUUGGACCAUAUGCAACAUGGGGAGGAUUGAGUUUUCAGGGGCAUUAUUACAGGUAGUCUUCAGGUUAUCACUGGAAUUGGGACUGGAAUUUACAUUGCUAAGUGAUGUGGUCGUAAAGCGUAACAUGUGACCACAUUGCUUAGCGAUGGAAAUCCUGGCAGUCCCCGCUGCCAUUGUUAACCAAAUCCCAUUAGUUGUUAGGCAAGGACCUACCCUGAUCCAAACCAUUCCCAGCUUGAUCCCU